GAAAAAGAAAAAAGUGGGGGAAAAGAAAACAAAAGGAGGGAUUUUCAAAUGGUUUCUAGGAGUGGUCCAUGACAAAUUUGGCUUUUGCCUUGUGAGUUAGAAACAAUAAUCUAAGAUGGCCGAUCCCUAGGCUUGUGUUAGAAAGGGACUUCAUUUCACAUUUCUUAUUUUCUUAUGGUAUGGAAUUGACUGCAUUAUCUUCAAGAAGUCCGCCAAAUAUUACAUCCCCAAUCACUAAAAGCCAAAAUUUGCAGCUCGAUAUAAUGGACUUGAAAAGUUUAUCCAGGUUUCUCUCGCUUCUUUGAACCCCACAAUGAACAAUGUGAGGACAGAGAACAACCAACAGAGAAGAUCAAACCAAUGGGAUGAAAAUUCCCAACUUAGAAAAACAUCUCAAUCUCGCAGAUAUUCUCCAAGCUUGUGCAACUGUGUAGGUAUGGGAUCAAACGUCUCAAGCUCUAGACGACCACAUUCGUCUGUGAUGCUGGAAUUGAAGGUGGCAGAAUUGGAGAGGGAGCUGCUGAAGCAGAAAGAAAUCCAGUUUCUGUUUAAGAAGAGGAUGGAUAGAGCACAAGAUUCUCUCAAGUGCUUCCUAGAGAAAGCCCAGGACCGUGGAUUCUUGCACCUAAUAAUUGGGGACACAGAGAAUGUGGAUGGCGAUGGCAGCCCAAAUUGUAUUCAAAGCGCCGGUUCCAGCCCAGCAAUGCCCUCCUCAAGUAACCCGUUUGUAGAUCUACAGCCACUCAUCGAUCAAGCCAAGCUCCAUGGAUGGUACAUCGAGCCACACGAGAUUGAGCUGAGGGAGAAGAUAGGGCAAGGGACAACAGCCAACAUAUACAAGGCAACAUGGCGGGGUCUUGACGUUGCUGUGAAAUGCAUUAACCAAGACUUCUUCUGCUCAAACGAGUGUGGCGUAUCUUAUUUUGCACAGGAGCUAGAGACGCUCUGUCGACAACGCCACCGGUUUGUGCUGCAAUUGAUGGGAGCAUGUCUCCAGCCGCCAGGUUGUGGGUGGGUUGUAACGGAAUAUUUAAGGAUGACAUUGCAGGAGUGGCUGCAUGGAACAGGGAAGAGGCAGAAGGAAAGGACAAUUCCUUUGCCUCCAUUUCAAGAAAGGUUGUCGAAGGCACUUGAAAUAUCUCAAGGGAUGCAAUAUCUUCAUGAACAGAAGCCUAGAGUCAUACAUCGUGAUUUGAAGCCCAGCAAUAUUUUCUUGGACGAUGCUUUCCAUGUGAGAGUUGCUGAUUUCGGCCAUGCUCGGUUCCUCCACGACAGAGAGAUGGCUCUCACUGGAGAAACAGGCAAGAACUCUUAAAUAUUUACA